AUGGCAGCGAGGUUUGCAAGCUUGCAAGUACUGCUGUCACCCGAAGUGGCAACGCGAGGAUUCGAGUGUGGGCACUCGACUGCUAUGGCCAACACUGCCUCAGGUUUUGUGGCUGAAGGGGAGGCCUACAACAAGAUUCUGUAUGUAAGCAAGGACCGCUUGCAGGAGCUCAAAAAGAAGCUGACAGCGGGGUCUGACAUCACGGCCGAGGAAGUGAAGGGGAUGAUGUAUCCGGAAGACAUGGAUGACGAUGCAGUUCUGAUUCCUGUGGAUGUGUCUGGAGAAGAGGAGGGCUUUCCAACUUCCUGCGAAGACCUUCUGGAAAAGGUGGGUGCCUCCGGAGCAGCGAAGGCGAUAGUUGAUGCGGCCGAAUUUUUCGAAAAGAACAAGGUCAAGAAGUUCGGUAAUGAUCAGCGGCCGAUUCCCAUGACUGUUGGCGAAUGGAUGAGCUACAUGAUGGCUGACGAAGGCGGCGCGGAGGAGAAUGGCGAAGAAGAGGAGCUGGAAGACGAUGAGGAAGUUUCUGGUGACACGGAGACGAGCCGAGCGAAUUCGUGCAGAGAGAAUGAGGGCCCUAUCUCCAAGGUCUCGCUGCCAAGCUCUGUGAGGGCCCGCAGACUGCAGGAUUCCAAGGUCAUCACAAACGAGCUAGACUACGCCAGCACAUCCUUUUCUUUCACCUUCAAAGACGACAUUGAACCGCCAUUACAGUGCCAACCCAAUGAUUGUCAGCCAACUGCCACUGGCAUUUAUGCCGGAGUGACGGUCUCACAAGUGGAGCUCAUCAUCGAUCCGGACACGUUCAAUGCGCCUGGCGCAAAACUGCGCCUAGUGCGCGAUGAGGUCGACCGAGCUGGUGCCAACACCGGCCAAUGCAAAUAUGGCAGUUUCCAAUAUGGAGCGCAUUCCUCCAUUGUGAAUACGCCCUGGGCUGCAGAUGGUGCUGGCACCAUCACGACAGAUGGAAGCAUGCAAGCAAAGACUGAUCCGACGACCUUCAUCCCACUAACGUUUAAGAUGGGCGGCAUCUAUCACAUUUGCUACUCUGAUGAUGGCACCUUUGACAACGGACACUCCGACAUAGUGCCCCAACGGAUCGAGGUCUACGGCAUCUAUGACCUGCGAACGGAGUGCGCAGAAGAUGAAGCGUGCCUCACCAAGCGCCCGUACAAUUGCUUCCUCCGGCGCCAAGCGUACAACAACAUGGAAGAUACCUAUGACGGAACAACAUCUUGCGUGGUGGACUACAGCUACGAGGGAGCAGGCUACAGCGGGCUUCCUGGCCGCGGUUCCUGGACGGGCGCUUUUGCUACAAGCUACGACACAAACGGCAUGGUCACAAGCGAGGUUGCCAGAACUUGUGGCUCAGCAGAUUUGUUCGACUUCCCGGCUUCGUUCCUCUGCAAUGCAGACACUUCGUGUGGAGCUAUCACAGAUCCGCGGAAUCCCUACAUUGCGCCUGAUGCGACGAACCAGUACAGCCGAAUGACAAUCCCAGCUGCUCGGCCCGAUCUUGUUGGGCCCGAGUACAAGGCCUAUGCCGUAGCAGUGUGCUACUGCCCAGACUUCCAGAGAUGUGAUUCAUACAGUCCCGACUAUGUGCAGCAGGUUGGUCUCCUGUACUUCUUUGCCACCAAGGUUUGUCCGAAUGGCUUCGAAGCGGAGGCAGAUGGAUGUUCCUUGGAUUUUACAGGCGCCGCACCUCAACAUCGCUUUGCCCUCCGAGUGGAGUGUCCAAGCACUGCUUGCGCAUAUGCAGCUGACAGCCGGGUAAAGGUGGUGCAGCAGGCAGCGAGCAACAAUCUGCCGUCCUGGGACCCGAUGUCUGGUUGUGGAAGUGCCGUCCACGGAAUCAACACCUUGGGCAUGCAGGUGCUUCCGGCAGACGACAACCCAGAUGUUGCCACGAUGCAUGGAGGCAUGCGCCAGGACUACAAGAUUUGGAACUUCAAGAAUUCCAGCAGUGGCUUGAUCUACGACACCAAGACCUCUGGUUUUCAGUUCAGGAUCAAGAAGACGCGGCUCAUUGGAUUGGUAGUGGCCGGUUUUGGGUGCAUGUGCAUCCUCGGCCUGCUCGGUGUCUGGUCCCAAUUUGAGAUCCACUUGGAGAGGAGAAGUCUCCGCAAGGAGCUUCGGAAAGAGGAGCACCACGCAGCUUCGAAGCUGGCGCAGGUGGGAAUGGAGUUGUGGUCCGAAUACCGGGACGACAUCCAUGAGUCUCACGAGGCCCAGAUGCUGAUGAAGAUUCUGAACACUUCUUAUGGGACUUUUGAGGCAAAGGUCAAAUCCACCGUGGAUGCAUCAUCGAAACAGCUCGGCCUGGACAAAGAGAAGGCUGCAAAGCUGGCUGAUACACUUUUGCACCUGGUGGCUGACCAGCAACAGCAAGGCCUUAAGCACACGAAGCGGCUUGUGGAUCACCUGGUUGAAGUGGGCAAGCGUGCUGUACCUCUGGAGAAAGCGGCAGAGAAGGAGGUCAUGGCAGAAGUCAAGGCUGAGGAAAAGCUGCUGGAAGAGGACCGCGCAAGCGGAGACGCUCUCCCACAAAGCCAAGGUGGAAAUCAUACCGAGCUGGAUGACCCCUUGCACGGCAUUCUGGAGGGCUUCUUCUGGAUCUUCGACGAUUAUGAAAG